AUGCAAAAUACUAACGAUCUCAUACUAAAUAACAAUACACAAAGAGAAUCAAAAAUUUUGGAUCCAAAUGAUAAUGAACCUUCUUCAAUAAUUCUUUCCAAUAAUCCACAAACGCAAACUUCAAUAAUAGCGCGUCCACCUAAAAUUUACAUUCCACCAGACACAAAUGAAUCAUCAAACACCGAUUCGAAAAAAACUACAAAUUCUAAAGUUUCAACAAUCAUCGUUAUCGAAGAUUCUGACUUGAUAAAAGAGGGCAAAACUCAUUGUGAGAUCACAACAAACCAAGAUAUUGAAAAUCUUUCAGUCUCGGAAAAAACGAUAAUAAUAGUAAAUGAUCCAAGAAAUUGGAAUGCUAGCAGAAAACGAUUUAUUUUAUUUCUCGUUGCGUUUGCUGGGUUUAUUUCGCCAAUUUCCUGCACAUUUUUUUUUCCCGCUAUUAAUGAUGUCCGAAAAGACUUAAAUACGAGCGAAAUAUUGGCUAAUUCUUUAGUUGCUGUAUACAUUUUCUUUUGGGGAAUCUCGCCACUUGGUUGGGCUUCAUACUCAGAUUCGCAUGCGACGCGAAGAAAAGUCUACCUCUUCUCAUUUAUUCUCUUCGUGAUAUCCUCUGUCCUAUGCGCGCUAUUAAAUAACAUCUGGCUAUUACUCGCAAUGCGGGCUCUUCAAUCGUGUGGUGCGUCGGCUGCAAUGUGUAUUGGCGCAGGAGUAAUUACCGAUAUUUUUAGGGCCGAAGAACGUGGGACUGCAUACGGACUAUUCUUUAUUGGACCCUUACUUGGACCGUUGAUUGGACCUCUUAUUGGGGGAUAUAUUAACGAAUAUCUUAAUUGGCGGUGGAUAUUCUGGUCUUUGGCAAUAAUAGGAUUCCUCAUGCUACUCUUAAUUUUCUUUUUCCUACCCGAGACAUUCCGUCAACCAUCAUCAUCACCAACAUCCACUCCAAAAAAAAGAUUCAGACCCAUCACACCUUUACUCCUUCUUCGCUACCCAUUUGUCUCUAUGAUAAUCACAUAUGUGAGCUCAAUCUGCGUGCUAUUAUUUUUGUACCAAACACUUGUCCCAACUUCAUUCGCCAUACAGUAUAACCUUUCGUCGAGCGAGAUUGGAUUAGUAUUGUUCGCUAACGGCAUCGGAUUUAUAGUUGGAUCGGUGCUUGGUGGUCGGUACUCGGAUUAUGUACUGAUGCGUGCGAAAAAAGAGUGUGGCGAGGAGUAUCCAGAAAUGAGGCUUCAAAGUGUUUGGCUGGGUGCUGCCAUGGUUCCGGUGGGUAUGUUGGCGUUUGGAUGGUUAACGCAAGCCAACUUUGCGUUGGCUUGGAACCUGGUGGCGAUGGUGAUAAGCGCGAUUGGCGCAAUGAUCAUAUUCUCCGCAACAGCCACAUAUUUAGUCGACGCAUUACCAACUCAAAGUGCUUCCGCUAUCGCCGUCUACCAUUGUAUUCGGCUAAUCAUCGGCGCAAUUGCUUCUGGUGUCGCGCAGACGGUCGACUCGGCAAUUGGCACCGGUUGGACAUACACCAUCCCAUCGAUUAUCUGUAUUUUCUGUACUGCUCUUGUUGCGCUGGUUUCUUUUUAUGGGCGUCAGUGGCGAAAAAAAUAUGCUGAUGGUCGAAAAUUCGAAUACGUAAAAUAUGGAAAACGCAUCGGUAUGUAUGCGUCGCCUGUGUAA